CUCUCUCUCUCCCCCCUCAUUUGUUCUCUCUCCCCCCCCCUCUCUCUAAAAAAAAACUAGAACAAUCUUCUGGAAGCUUCUCCGUCUCUUAAAAAUCAUCUAAAACCCUAAUCUCCCCAAACAACACACUUCUUCACCCCGCUCACCUUCUUCCUUAUCCACUCCACAGCGCCCAAAACUCAAACACCUUCUCUACUCUUUCUAAAAUGGCGUCGGCAAAUGCCAUCUCCACCGCCUCAGUCCUCGCUUCUCCUAAACAAGGGAGUUUGAGGGGUAAGAGAGUGGUGAGCCAAUGGCAGGGGCAGAGGGUGAAUUACAACAACAGGAGGUCGUCGUCUUCGAGGUUGGUGGUUAGAGCUGCUGCUAAGGAUAUCGCAUUCGACCAGGCCUCGAGGGCGGCGCUCCAGGCCGGCAUCGAUAAGCUUGCUGAUGCCGUCGGCCUCACCCUUGGCCCUAGGGGGAGGAAUGUAGUCUUGGAUGAAUUUGGGACCCCAAAAGUAGUUAACGAUGGGGUGACCAUUGCUAGAGCCAUUGAGCUACCUGAUGCGAUGGAAAACGCUGGUGCUGCUCUAAUUAGGGAGGUUGCAAGCAAGACCAACGAUUCCGCUGGCGAUGGGACUACAACUGCAUCAGUUCUUGCUCGUGAAAUUAUUAAAUUGGGCUUACUAAAUGUAACCUCUGGUGCUAAUCCAGUUUCAAUAAAGAAAGGGAUUGAUAAAACUGUUCAGGGGUUGAUUGUUGAGUUGGAGAAGAGAGCUAGGCCUGUCAAAGGCCGCGAGGACAUUAAAGCCAUUGCGUCUAUAUCUGCUGGAAAUGAUGAGAUUAUCGGGACCAUGAUUGCUGAUGCAAUUGACAAGGUUGGACCUGAUGGUGUUCUGUCUAUAGAGUCAUCCUCCUCUUUUGAGACAACUGUUGAUGUGGAAGAAGGGAUGGAGAUCGACAGGGGUUACAUCUCCCCGCAAUUUGUAACCAAUCCUGAGAAGUUGACUGUUGAAUUCGAAAAUGCAAGAGUACUGGUUACAGAUCAGAAGAUCGCAUCAAUAAAGGAUAUAAUUCCCUUGCUCGAGAAGACAACUCAAUUGCGAGCCCCUUUGCUUAUCAUUGCCGAAGAUAUCACUGGUGAGGCUCUUGCGACUCUUGUCGUGAACAAGCUGAGAGGCAUCCUGAAUGUCGCUGCCAUCAAAGCACCAGGUUUUGGUGAGAGGAGGAAGGCACUUCUUCAAGAUAUUGCUAUUGUGACAGGAGCUGAGUUCCAAGCUUCUGACCUGGGUUUGCUUAUUGAGAACACCACGGUUGAGCAGCUUGGUUUGGCACGAAAAGUGACCAUCUCAAAGGACUCCACUACCAUAAUUGCGGAUUCUGCAUCGAAAGAUGAGAUACAGGCUAGGAUUUCACAGAUUAAAAAGGAGUUGUCGGAGACAGAUUCUGUGUAUGACACGGAGAAACUCGCUGAGAGAAUUGCCAAAUUAUCAGGGGGUGUUGCUGUCAUUAAAGUGGGUGCUGCGACGGAGACUGAACUUGAAGACCGUAAGCUGCGUGUUGAGGAUGCCAAGAAUGCAACUUUUGCAGCUAUAGAGGAAGGGAUUGUUCCUGGCGGUGGCGCUGCAUUAGUUCAUCUCUCAACUUGUGUGCCUGCCAUUAAGGAAACACUGGUUGAUGCGGAUGAAAGGCUUGGUGCUGACAUUGUGCAGAAGGCCCUGGUUGCACCCGCAGCUUUAAUAGCUCAGAAUGCUGGCGUUGAAGGUGAGGUGGUUGUGGAUAAGAUAAAGGCUAGUGAAUGGGAGGUGGGAUACAAUGCAAUGAUAGACAAAUAUGAGAACCUGGUGGAAUCCGGAGUUAUCGACCCAGCAAAGGUGACAAGAUGUGCUUUGCAGAAUUCGGCUUCAGUUGCAGGAAUGGUGCUUACGACUCAAGCCAUCGUCGUGGAGAAGCCCAAGCCCAAGACCCCAAUGGCUGCUCCCCCGCAAGGCCUUACUGUGUGAUCGCACCCGAAUCUUCCGGUUCUUGUUAGGUGGUUAGAAACUGUGAGUGACUAUGGAUUUAGGGGAGUUGUAGGGUGCGAAAACGCUUGAUCGAACUGGAUUCAUAGCUUUUUUUUGUACGGAUUUAUUAUGGCCAUUGGAAUUUUCAGUUGUCUUUGUGUAAUUUUGUUGGAGAGGGAAUGCAAUAAUUACUUCUAUUCCCAUACAAA